AUGGUCACCAUCUGGACUCUGGCAGCAGUAGCACAGGCUACCACCUACUACCACGUUGAAGUUCAAUUGACGCCUCGGCUGUGGGAUGCAAUUCUCAGGACAAGAGGCCAGGUUUACAUGUUGGACUCCUCACUUUACAAUGAAAACACUUUCAAAGUCUUUGAUCGACCUCAUAUACUACAUCGUCACGGUAUGUUCGAUGGACGAGCCAAGGGACUCGUCAGCUCCCAGCAGUCAGGACAGCCUGACUCAGUAACUCCGGUUACGGGCCAUUCCAGCUUAUCGGCAAUUUUAGACCUUGGUCGCAAACAUAUCAUUAGCGAGUCAUCCACACCACGAUGGGCUAAUUUGAGGACGCUGCGGCGUGCAUGGCAGGAAUUCUAA